AAAAGAAAAGAUUAGCACAUUACAGCCCAACAAUUAAGAAAAAAAAUAUAACCUCCCAUUAUUGCCCUUUACCACUCUCCCUCACCGACCACCUCAAGUCACCACACCCCCAGCCCUGUCUCCUUGUUCCCAUUCGAUUUUAGUACAAAGUGAGAGGCGAAAAAGAAUUGGUCUUGCAUUGACAGUAUGGUCGCAAAUAUGUACAGUUCCGAGUUGGUUCUUAGUUAUUUUGGGUGCUGUCUCUAGCCUACAAACUUAUAAACAAAGGAUUAGAUCAUAUAUUUUAGAUUUUUUUGCUCAAAGAGAUUAUGUGAAGCGACUUGUACAUGCUAGUGACGGGACUUGUAUUGAACAAGUUAGGAUGAAUAGAUCUGUCUUUUUUGAAGAAUUACGUGCUGAGAAUGUUGCUAAUGAAAUGAAUCUUGAAGAAGGAAGCAAUGACAAUGGAUGCGAAAUUGAUGCUUUCUUAGAUGAGAUGGAUGAUGACUUGGCUACACAAUCGCAAUUGUCUAAUCCAAACAAAGUUGAUUCUACAUUUUCAAAGAAGAAGAGAAGGAGUUUUGAGGCUAGUGAACCAUAUUCUUCUACUUCACUUAUCGAUGCUGUCACAUUAUUGGGGGAUAAUAUAAGGAUAGUUGGCCUUGAAUUAAGUAGGAGCAUUGCUUCCGAAAUGCUCAUUCAAAAUAAGUCAAAAAUGAUCAUUCAAGAAAAGAUACAAACUCUCUAUGUGUUUUUAGGUGAAAUAGAAGGUUUAACAGAUGAUGAGCGAAUUGAUGCAUUGAUCAAAAUUCCUGAUCAUCCAAUGCAAAUGUUCGUUUUAAUUCCUGAUCAUCCAAUGCAAAUGUUCGUUUUCUUAAGUCUACCACCUUCUAUGCGAUUAGCAUGGGUGAGAAAAUUUAUUUUUACCCAUUAAAGAUGUGGUUGUGGUGGUGGAUGAAUAUAACUUUUUGUAAGUUGUCACUUUUUGUAUGUGUAAAUGGGUAUGGAGUAAUAUAAGUUUUUGCAUGUAAUUAUAGGAAGAUAUAUUGACAUGGAAGUAUGUCAUACAAAUAUUGUCAUUUUUUGUAUAUGUUGUGAUGAUGGCUAUGUUAUGUAGAUGUUGAUAUGAUGGUUGGAUUA